AUGGCCGCGCAACUCCUGGAACCAUCCGAGACAACGAGACCAGCAUCUCGAUUCUCAACGGUCGAUGCAUACGGCAACAGAGUCCACCACGCGCGAUAUACACUGUACCAGAUGCCAAGGCCUCUCCACCGAUCCGCCGAUCCCGACAGCAUCGAUCCCGUGGAUGGCAAGACGAAGCAAUGCAACCGCAGCUUGACGUUCGAUAGCUUCCUCGACGAAAGACACCUCGGAGAAGAUAAAGCUGAAAAGAGGAUCGGGCAUACGUGGGAACUAUGGAGAGGGGUAUCGAAAGCGUUGAAGAAGGCGACGAGCAGGAGUCGUAGGCGGAAGAAGAGAGGGAAUUAUACGAACAUGGAGGAUGGGGAGCGGAUCCUGAAAUCGAAUGUCGCUGGUUCGAAAGCUUUUGGUUGA